CAUCAGUGUGAAGCAAAAGGCCAAGUUAAAGUUCGACAUUAAGACUUCUGCCCUCCAAGAUGGUGCAUUGUCCUGUCGGCCCGAGGGCAAAUAUCAGCAUUUAUCACCCAUCAAACCAAACAGACAAGAUGAGCCCUUUGAGCGUGUUCACCAUUUUCCUCCACGGCUCGUUCUCCUCCAUCGGAAUCCUGGAGAACCUCUUCAUCCUGGGGGUAGUGGGCUUCCAUGUCCGCCGCUCUGUCAUCAGCAUCUGGAUCCUGAACCUCGCAGCCUCAGACCUGCUGGCCACUGCCUCCCUGCCCUUCUUCACCCUCUACAUGGCCCGCGGCAACACCUGGAACAUGGGCACAACCUUCUGCCGCAUCCAUUCCUCCAUCUUCUUUCUCAACAUGUUUGUCAGUGGCUUCCUGCUGGCGGCCAUUUCUAUGGACCGCUGCCUGGUGGUGCUGAGACCUGUCUGGGCCCAGAACCACAGGAACGUCCAACUAGCGGGGAGGAUAUGUGGCGUGAUCUGGGCAUUGGCUGUGGUCUUCACCAUCCCCUUCUACGUAUUCCGUGACACCAUUGUUCAACCUAACGGCAAGAUCCAGUGUUACUACAAUUAUGCUCAAUUCCUCCCUACUGAACCGUUUGACCUGGGAUCUUUAUGUAAGCAGCGCAAAGAGGCCUUUGCCUUCAUGAAGCUCUUUCUGUCCUUCCUGAUCCCUCUCCUGAUCAUCAUCCUCAGCUACGUUGCAGUGAAUAUCGGCGUGGCGCGCAGAGGCUACCGGCGCCCUUUCCGUUUUGUUCGGCUCGUGGUGGCCGUGGUGGUGAGCUUCGUCCUCUGCUGGGCUCCGUACCACUUCUUCAUCAUCAUGGAGGUGAUCGCUCCCACGGGUCAUCCUGCCCAGAGGCUUGCAGGCCAGGCCCUCCCAAUUUCCGCAACUGUCGGCUUCCUUAACAGUGUCCUUAACCCCAUUUUGUACGUGUUCAGCUGCCCUGACCUGUGCAAGAAGAUCCGACAUUCUCUGGGUGCGGUGAUGGAGAGUGUCCUGGCUGAGGAUCUGGCGGAGCUGGCCCGACGCCGCAGCACCACCCACAGCUCUAUCUCCACCACCGAGAUUGUGUUGAAGGAGAGGAGUUCGCUUACAGCCUUUUGUCUGAAAGGAGAGGCUCGGGAGAAGAAUGAAAGUGACGCUAACCCUGCUGAGAACUGAACAAAUACGUACUGCAAUAAUAGCCAGGCUAUCUUUCACGACUUGGCUUAGCAUCAGUACGUUCUAGCAU